AUGGCCGUUCGAGUCAGCUCCUUGACUCUCCUGGCUAGAUGGGUAACUUUCAGGGCCUUUCUCAUUGCUUUUGGGUUUUCUGAAACCCUAGUCUCUAAGAGUUUCUUGAUUUCUUUCAGAUCUACCAUAGAUCUUUAUGGAGCUGGGCUACUUGGUUCAUUGAUGUACAUACGUAUGUUGGGAAACAGCGUGGAUUCUAUAAGUACAGACGGACCCAAAGCGCUUAUCAAGGGAGCAGCUGGGCAACCGAGGCUAUUGGUUCCUGUUGUUUUGGUUAUGAUCUAUAACCGGUGGAAUGGUAUUCUUGAGGCGGAGUACGGGUUCAUGCACCUUGACUUGAUACCCAUGUUAGUUGGAUUCUUCACUUACAAGAUUGCAACUUUUGCCCAAGCUAUCGAAGAUGCAUUGACAACAGUUGUAGAAAAGAAGACAGAAACAUAAUUUUAAUAGAGACGAAUUUCAGGAACUGCAAAAUGGGAUUCAAAAUAUAGUGACUACUAGAAUUCAAGAACAUCUUUCUGCUCUUACGUCUGUACUGUCAUGGGAAAUAACAAAGAAUUCAAGUGGAAGAGUGGUAAUUUAAGGUUCUGAACUCUUUGAAUGUAUAAGGUUAGGGCAAAUGUAUCUAUUAUUAUGUAGCUGGUCCAGACACCAUUGCCAUAAUAAAUUUUUUAAUUUAUGGAUGUGGUCAUGCACUAAAUCAUAUUAA